CGUCCACACAGCAGCAGCGACAGCAGCAGCAGCAUCAUCAUCAUCAUCCCCAUUGUAUGGGCUACACAGUGCGUGCAGUAGUAACAGUGUUGUGAUACAGCACAGAGAACACAUGGCGAUUGGUGGAAUGGCAUUCCAUCCUUGAUCUCAAACUGCACAAAGUUUGAAGGAAGGAUCCCUUAUCCACUUUGGCUGGCCCCAGGCGAUGAAUUUUGGUUUGGUGGCAAGAGAUAUGUGGACAAGAUUUUGCGCCAACGUCUGCCACCCUCAGCUCAGCACCAGGAUGAAAUGAAAUCACGUAAAGGGGCCGACGAGCAGCUGCCUUAGCAAUGUCCAAGGUGCUCAAGAAGCGCGCGCACUGGAGCGCCAAGGUGCGCGAGGUGGUGGCGUCGCGCUGCCGGGACGGCUCGCUGGGCUUCGCGGUGUGCGGCGGCGCGGACGCGGGCCAGUUCCCCCACCUGGGCGAGGCGGUGGACCACGAACGGGUCGUCUACCACCACGCGGCACGCCUCCAGGGGGGCCACCUGCUGCUCGAGGUCAACGGCACGCCCGUGGCGGGCCUCACGCGGCGCGACGCGCUCGCCGUCAUCGCCAACUGCAAGGACCCGCUGCGGCUCAAGACCGUCAAGCCAGGCAGCCUGAUUAACAAGGACCUGCGGCACUACCUGAACCAGCGGUUCGCCAAGGGCUCGCUGGACCAUGAGUUCCAGCAGACGAUACGGGACAACCUCUAUCUGAGGACGACGCCAUGCACAACACGGGCACCUCGAGAAGGCGAAGUGCCCGGAGUGGACUACAACUUCAUUUUGCUGGCCGAAUUUCUUGCGCUGGAGAAGAGCGGCACGCUCCUGGAGACGGGCACCUACGAAGGAAAUUUCUACGGGACCCCGAAGCCCCCGUCGGAGCCUCCGGCAGGCUCGCUCCCUCUGCCCGAGCCGAGGCCCGGCCUGGGCUCGCGUCGCAAGCGAACCAAGUCCGUGAGCAACAUGGAGCACAGGGAGGGGAGCCACGCGGGCCGGGCAGCCGCGCUCAACGGCGGGCGCGACUCGGGCGACUCGAGCGAUGGCGACGGGGCGCCCGCAACGCGCACGCAGACCACACAGGCUUCCCAGCGGCGGGGGGCGAGCGGCGAGCGGCCCCCCAAACUCCACGAGCACCCCCUGGGUUCUGCGUCGCUGGGUGGGCCCAGCUCGGAGGGCUCCAACGGCCUGGAGGUGGGAGGGGGCCACGGGGAGGAGCUGGGUCCGCUGCCCGGGAACUGGGAGAUGGCGUGCACUGAGAGCGGGGAGAUCUACUUCAUCGACCACAGCACCCGCACCACGUCGUGGUUGGACCCCAGACGAGUGCAGAAGCAGAAGCCGCUGGAGCUGUGCAAUGACGAUGAGCUUCCGUACGGAUGGGAGAGGAUCGAUGACCCGCAGCACGGCGUCUAUUACGUCGACCAUUUGAACAAAAGAACUCAGUUCGAAAAUCCGGUCGUGGAAGCGAAGAGGAGAAGGCAGAGUCAGCGAGCGGACGUCUCUUCAUCGACACUGCCUCGUUCGAAGCCUGGAGGCGGGAGCCCACACCCCCAGAGGUCUCACAGUGCCAACGACCUCCUCGUCACCACCUCCUCCCACGAUUCACAUCCGCCCGAGCAAGGCGUGUGGGUGUUUACGCGCGACCCGCGGGAGCUGCGUGGCUCCUCUGUGCGCGCGUCGCUACUCAAGACGAGCCAGGGCUUCGGCUUCACCAUCGUGGGCGGAGACACGCCACGCGAGUUCCUGCAGGUGCGCGGACUCGUGCCCGACGGACCGGCCACGCGAGACGGGCGCAUGCGAAGAGGUGACGUCAUUGUGUACGUGAACAACACCUGUGUGCUCGGCUUCACCCAAAAGGAGGUGGUGAGGAUGUUCCAGUCGGUGCCAGUGGGCGAGUCCGUCGACCUUCAGCUGUGCCGCGGCUACCCUUUGCCCUACGACCCCGACGACCCGGACCUGGAGGUGCCGCCCUACCAGGACGGCCGGCCAUCCGACCGCGGGGGGCCCGGCUCGUCCAAAUCGAUGCCGGACAUCGCCGACAGCUCCCACGCGCAGUCGCCGCCGACCUACGACCCGCACCGCCGGCCGUUUUCGCCGCCCACGUACAUCGCCAAGGCCAAUGGCUACUACGAUGACAGCGGCUCGCAGACGUCGUCCGUCGGCUCGCAGCCCGAGCUCGUGUCCGUCAAGAUCGUCAAGGGGCGCGCAGGUUUCGGCUUCACGAUCGCCGACAGCCCGAGCGGGCAGCGCAUCAAGCAGAUCCUGGACAGCCGCCGAGGCCUGGAGCUGCGCGAGGGAGACCUCAUCCUGGAGAUCAACGGGCGCUCGGUGCGCGAGUGCUCGCACAUGGACGUGGUGACACUGCUCAAGGAGUGUGCCACGGGCGCACAGGCCUCCAUGCUGCUGCAGCGCGGAGGGCAAUCGCCGUUCUCCCCCAACAGAGUGGCGCAAAUGCAGGCUUACGAACGACACGACAGCCAGGGCAGCUUGACACGGGACUCGCCGCCCCGACGCUUCUCGCAGCCUCCGGCCCUGCCACCCGCGGGCAUCGCUCCGUCCCACGCGCAGCCCCCCUAUAGGCGACCUCCUGCCGAGGAGUUCCGCGGCCGGCAGGAGGCGUCCCGCGUCUACGAGGACCCGCAGAGCCUCUACGAGGACUCCCAACGAAACAGUUACCAGGAGAUCACGAUCCACCUGCGGAGGCAGGAGGCCGGGUUUGGCUUCCGGAUACUCGGAGGAGAGGAGCUUGGUCAGCCGAUCCGCAUCGGAGCCAUCGUGCCGGGCGGCUCGGCCGACCUGGACGGCCGCAUGCGCUCGGGCGACGAGCUGGUGUCUGUUGACGGGAUCCCCGUGUCGGGGAAGUCUCACCGCAGCGUCAUCGGCCUCAUGCAGCAGGCGGCACGCAACGGGCUCGUGGCGCUCACCAUCCACCGGCCAACCCUCUCCGCCGGCGCCCAGGGCGACGGGCGAGGAGGGGACGGGGUGCAGCGCGGGCCCCCCUGGAGGGAGCAGGCCCCGUACCCCGAGGCCCCGGCAGGACGUCCGUCCCCCGAGCACUACCCGGGCCCCGCCACGCGACGGGCCUUCACGCCGCCGCCGCCGCCGCCGCCGGGGGCCGACGACGCUUCCGGCGGGCACGCGCAGCCGUACGACGUGGUGAUCCAGCGGCAGGAGAACGAGGGCUUCGGCUUCAUCAUCAUCUCGUCCGUGAGCCGGCCUGACGGCGGCGCCAGCAUCGGUCACAUCAUCGAGGGGAGCCCUGCUGAGCGUGGGCGGAGGCUCAAAGUUGGGGACCGCGUGGUGGCGCUCAACGGGCGCUCCAUCGUGGGGAUGCCCCACGCCGACAUCGUCACCUUCAUCCGCGACUCGGGGCUGCGCAUCACCCUCUCCGUGCUCCCUGCGCAGGAUGCCAAUGUCUCCCCCUCUUUGAGUGGUUCCUCCAAGCCCAAUCUGGCGUCUACAUCGCCUGCCCUCCUGCUCGCUAACCGAUCGGAAACCCGGCCAAGACAGGACACAAGACUCCCAUCAAUCACAUCUACCUCGGACGGCGAGUACUUUGUGGCAGAGCUGGAGAGAGGCAACACAGGAUUUGGCUUCAGCAUCCGCGGCGGGAAGGAGUACAGCAUGGACCUGUUCAUCCUGCGCGUGGCCGAAGAGGGCCCUGCCAUCAGGCAGAGCCGCAUGAGGGUGGGAGACCAGAUCAUGGAGAUCAACGGGGAGAGCACACGCGACAUGAUGCACGCUCGCGCCAUCGAGCUCAUCAAGAGCGGGGGCCGAAGGGCACGGCUCCUGCUGAAGCGUGGCACGGGCCAAGUGCCAGACUGCGAUGCCUCCGAGGGAGCGCCGAGAACGUGGGACAGGGGCUUGUGCCUCCCCUCCUCCCCGUUCGACCGGCGCGAUCGCCUGGGCCAGGGAAUGACUACGGAGUCGCGCGGCGGCCGAGCCGGCUCCGUCCGAGCCCAGCCCUCGACCCCGUGCGCACCCCCCGGAGAGCUCGCGUCCCGGCGGCGACGACGUGCGGACUCGCUGCCCCGCGCCAGCACGGGACCCCCGGGACCCUGGAGGGUGCCGGCACUGAGCAGAGUUGCCGUUGUCAAGUAGCCGGCCACCGCGGCGGUGACGCCGGGAUACGGACCCGGCCAACUCUGGCCUCCUGAGCUAACACGGCCUCUGAUACCCCCUUUUCCACUGGCACACCUGAGCGAAGCCAGCACGGGGGCCCUCACAGUAACAGGUGGUUUUCCACUGGCUAUUUGCUGCGCCGAGCCAGAACCAAACUGUGGUCUUGGGGCCAAGCAGGACCAGGGGUGGGGAUAAUGACACUUUGGUUGUGUUUCAUGUCGGUCGCUACGCCGAGAACACGGCAUUCGCCAUGUCCAUCUGUGUACACCUCGACUCGUCCAUUGUGGUUGUGACAUCGGUGGCACGGCUCGGCUCGGCUUCUGCAGUGGAAAAAUAACCCGUCGCCUCCUGAGCCACCGCCGGGCUGGCUCGGCAUGGCCCCGGCACGGCUCUGUUGUGCCAGUGGAAAAAAGUUGUAACCGAUGCUGGACGUAAUGAGGUACCCCCUGUGCUGGUGUGCACGAGCUUUUUUUGCCUGCCCUCCGAUAAAUGAAGUGCCCCCCCCCCCACCAGACUGUGCGAGCCCCUCAACAAACGAAGUGGUACGGGCUCGCUUUCUCUUGUAACCUGCAAGCAUCACCUCCAUGCAUCAUGCGCUGCUACCUCUUUACGUGACCGCCACGGCCACCCGCUCUCCCUCCAUGUGAAGUAACGUAACGCCCAUUGUUAUUAUUAUCAUCAUCAUCCCUGUAGCCGCUGCAUAGCCGCUGCGAUGAGUCGGCGCGCGCCUCCGCGUUUCACGUUGUCCGCCCCUUGAUGAAGCUCGCGGCAAAUGAAAUCCCUCGGCCGGCUUGCCGAUUUUGCUUUCGUCGGCGAGCCCCGGUCCGCUCCUGUUGCACAAUCUUCACACAAACUUUUACAGAGUCAGUUGUGCUGCAGCUGCAGCACUCCGUCGCCUUGCUCGGAGGUGGGGGACGCCGACGAUGUGCCGGGCGACGCCCGUUAGAAGCCGUGCGAUGAGGGCACCGUGCACGCUGGCCGCUCGGAUGAUUAUUUUUGUUGUUCGCGUUCGUGCGAAAACGGCGACGCUCCGAUUUUGAACCAAAUUCUCGAAACCUGCACGGUCACUCGUCGCGUCUGGUGCAGUUUUGCCGGCAUGAAACAGCGGCAGACCAAAUGGGGGGCCCCCGUCAUCGAUGCGUUUGUAAUAGCCCUCGCGUUGCUUUGACGCGGGAAAACUAUCCCGAACGAUUUUGGUUCGUGCGAGCAACGUGCCAAGAAGCGUUAAUGCGAAUGUCGAAGCCAGUUCUCGCCGUAUUGGGCCACAGGGUCCGACCGGCAGUUGUGGCAGAGGAAUAAUAAUGUUAUCGGGCAUCCGAGCGACUUGAGAAUGCUAAGGCAUGCAUGCAAAGCCCUCCCUGCGGGAGGAGGCUUGCAAAGUUUUAGGAAUGGGAAGAAAGUCACAAAGUCACUGUGACAUCUCCAAAAAUAGCUCUGUAGACGUCAGGGCGAGUAGUCUAUCACAUGGGCAAGCCACAUUCAACUUAACACUGGCAUUUAUCUACAUUUAGCCACGGGUCUUUUAAACAUAUAUAAAUUUUACUAUAAUUUUUUCGUUUGUCUUCUGAAAUAAUUAUACGAUAGCAUUUAAUUCUGCCACUUAAUGGCUUGUAUGAUUUGUUAAUGCAGCUUACAGACUCCCUCGGUCUGAUUAUGUAAUCUUUGGGAAUAUUUCGUGUGCACCGUUCACUACUGUAAUUUGCUUAAACUUUUAGUUUUUGUAUUUAUUUUAAGUAUACAGAAACAUUCCUUGCACGCGUUCACAAAUAUUAUUUCCGUUUAUAGCCACGAGUUCACCUUUUUACUGUAGACCAUCGUAAAACAAUGAACUUUUUUUACAUUGUAUUUUUGUACUGGGAAUAUUGUUACAAUCAACAUUAUUGAAUUUCACAUGAAAGUAAAAACCACUGGUUUGGUUCGUGGGUGAACGAAGAAGAAAAUGCCAUCAGAUUUCAGUUCUGUUUUUCUAAAUUGCAGAAUAUUAGCCAUUCUUUGCCCACAAAACAUCAGCAGAAACUGCCUUUUCCACCAAAACGUGAAUUAAGUCCCAAGUGUAUUUUUCAAGUCAAAGCCGAUUCCUGAUCAUCCAUUUUUCAAGCGCGUGGAUUUCAGAUCUUCAGCCUUGCAGAGACCAAUACCGCUGAAAGUAUUUUGUGUGCUUCUAAAAAUGACAUGACAACCACUGUGAGUGUGUGUGUGUGUCUGCUAAACUUGAAAACGAAAAGUUUUCAUCCUAUUAAUUGAAAUCCGACUGAUGAGAUGUCAAAUUGUUUGUGGGCCACAUAUAUGAUUAGUCGUGAUUUUUUGCAACCAAAAGUGAUGUCACCCAAUGCCACGAUACCACGUGGUGGGAAAAAAAGCACGGAUGUGGCAUAAGAACAGUGACAUCUUUUCCUGUGAUGACAUCCUUUUGGAUCGAUAGAGAAAAAUACAAUUCGAACCAAUCCAACAAGUGUAUCUCGGCCUGAUUUUCGGAUAUUUCGGACCAAUCUGAAAAUUAGGGAAACAUCCCUUGUUUUUAUAUAUAUUUAUAUUUGCUCAUCUUGCCAAGUGCAUAUCAUUUUUCACAAUCGUCAACAAGCAAGUGGCUUGAGUGGCAGGCUAAUUGAGAACAUUUUAAUGUGUAUGUCAUGCAACUCUGAACUGUAUUGAUGCCCCACUGAAGUCAUAAUGAGGUAAUCAAAGCUUUUAGACCAAUCUAAAUGCAAUAAUGAAAUAGUUUAAAACUCUCCCGAACGCUCUGUCAAAGGUGGUCAGUCUGAAUGGUUCAAACAUUAAAUUAUGCGUGAGCUCAGGUACGUAUGUAUGUUGAACUUUUUUUCUGCCGUACGUAGCCAAUCAUGCUAAUCGGAGGUGCGGGGGAAAACACAACAAACUAAACAGAAAAUAACUUGGAAAAAAAUUCGUUUUCAAUUUAGAAUGAGGUAGUUGAUAUGUCAUCGCGGUUCUCCCACGCGCGCGCACACACUGUCUUUGAUGUCGUUUCACAGGAACAAAAUCAAGUAGGCGUUAAUGUUGUCAAACGUGGGGGGCUACGCAAUUCUUCCACCUCGGCCAAUCCAACACGCAGAUGACGGGUCGUCAUAAAUUAGUGGGGUUUCUAUAAACGGAUCGCCUUGUACUAACACACGGGUGGAGAUACGCUCAAGCGCCACUCUGUUCACAUUAGGACCGUUGUGAGCUCAAAUGCCAUUGGGGGUCCUACUCGAAGCAUGAUCCUUCUGAAGGCAUUAGUGUACCACUUUGUGGAGAGUCAACAUUGGUUUGCCCUAUGCAGUUGCUAGCUCAGGACUGGCAGUGUAGAUAUAAGCCCCAACCUUUCUUCCUAGGAACCAUGGAAAUACUUUGGGCUCCUGCCCGGAUUUGGGCCAAGUGGAAAUAUAGCCCCAAAAUAACUCGCCUGUACUUUAGAUAAAACCCACAGUACAAACGAAUUAAUCACACUCCCGAGGUCCACGGAAAACGGUUCAUUAACCCACUUGUAAUACUGCCAUCUCCCGGCAAAACAUGCAGUCCAGUGGCUUUUGUGGAGUUUCACGGAUAAACACAUUGCAACAAAAAAAAAACUUUGCUUUCAGAGCACCAUAUUGCAUUUGUGCGGCACCGGACGAGUUUUAAAUCUUGCGCCAAUAGAAACUUUUAGUGAUUAAUUCAUUUUCACCUGCACAACAGUUGUUGCCACGUCUGUGUGGGAGAGCUGUAAGUGACACGGCAGUUCGUUCUUGCUCCUUCAACUCUGGGGCAUGUUUUUUUUUUUAACUAAUAAUAUUCAUCGCAAAUGUUGCUCACAUUUUUUGAGUUGCUGCAGAUUUUCUAAGGAAUUGAUAUUUGACUGAAAUUGACAGAACAAAUACAUUUGCCUCCUAAUUAGCGGUUUCACACAGCUCAAAUGUUUACUGUUUAGAACCGUGUUAAUGGAAAACUAGUUUGUGGGUAAUAACCAGUGCUUGAUUUUUGUCUUAUGAAUGGUCACUCAUGACGGACAUGGCGUGGGGGAGACCUUCAUCCAGCAGUGGAUUGACGAAGGGCUGUCAGUUAUAUUUUUAUGCAUUUAUCAUUGUAAUAAAUGAGGGGUAUGUGCAUUAUAUCUGUUGAUCUUGGGUAGGAUAAUUAUUUUUUGGGGAAUAAUCAUUAUUACCAUAUUCUCCAAAUCAUAAGAUGCUCUAAAAAGUAAAACUCACCCCAAACUUGGGCGUGUGAAUCCAGUAGUGAUACAAAUCUGGUCUCGCACACACACGCCUUACCCGAUUAUCAAAAUUAUGCAUCCCACAAAAUGUGCUUGAAAAUAUGGGGGCAAUGAAGUGUCUUAUAUUCCAGACAAUAUGGUAAUAAUAUCGUUCAGUGUGUCACUUGUGCCUGCCUGUCUGCUAAUCUUUGCCUCAAUGCGUCCCUAUUGUUCUACUUGUUCAUAGGUGUGGAUGUAUUGGAAAGUGUGACCACUUUAAGUAUUACUGAUGCUAUGAGCUUGAACAGAAGAUGUUUAGUGAAUACAUUCACACAUACUCGCUCAAUAUGAAAUCUUUAUCUCUCAUUGCCCCAAAUCGGCCAAUUUAUAAUCUUACUUCUCUGUGGUACGUGGCAAAACACUGACCUGGUUCCAAAUACUCGCCAUGACUGCUGUGUCAUUGUGCAUUGCUUUAUAGAUCUUUCAGAAUUACAAUUGAUGCUACGUAGACAAAGGAAAGAUAGUGUCCAGAAGUGUGGAGUAUUUCCACGAACAAUUAUAAAUUCAAAUAGUUUUCACAAGGCAUGCAAACGUUUAUAAUUUGCACACUCAUUUUAUGCACCGACUUGUAUUGGUUUAUGUUAAGUAAUCCCAAUAGAUAUUUUAAUGUUAUCCCAUUCUCAAUCCCUUUUUGUUUGUUCUUUAGCAUGUAGUCUUGUACACGGAUGUCAGCCUAUUAAGCUGUACCUGUUCAUGACAUACACACAAUCUCAUGCCAAAGUUUACAUAUGAAUAGACGUCAUGUGCCGACUUGUAAUACCGGGGCAAUCAAGAACAGCUGCUCAUUAAUCUAUAGAAGAAGUUGGUAUGUUGGACCUAUAAUUAACCAAUACAUGUAUUAGGUCUAAAUAAUGACGGUGGUAAGCACACUUCAGAUGGGGGACUGUCUUGUUAAAAAAAAAAAGUGUGAAUGUAAACGAUGCUGCCCAGAGCUUUCUGGGUACCAGGAUUGGAGGCCAAGGGAAUGACGCUCCUAUUCAUUAGUGACAAAGAAACAGGUCUCUUGUGAGUAAACAAAAAAAAUAUAUAUUUUACAAGGUAAGGCCCACUAAGCCCAUAGCUAUUUUUCAGAAGCGACCUGGCCACAAAUGAUAGCUCAACGAAGUGGCUUAUCAUGUGCGAAUUUAUAGCAGCCAACUGCUCAAAACCACAUGUUUCUAAAUAUGGAGGAAUAAAA